CAGACUGUCCUGAUUUUCUGCCAAAGCUCUGACAGACACUGACAGAAAAGUCGAGCUCAGUUUGAAUUUGAACAAGAAACAUAAAUAAUAUGGUGGCAUUGGCCAACGUUUGUCUUUCUUGGUCGUUGUUUUUAAUGCUUUGUCAUACAGUCUUGAGUGCUGACUCAAGCAAAACAUGUGACUCAAACCCAAGAAAAAGCAUUAAAGAUGUGAUAACUUGUAUUAAAGAAGGCUACAACAACGUGCAACAACCUAAUGGAACAGAUGGAAAAGCUGUGCAUAUUAUUGUAGAUAUGGUAAUUAUAUCGAUUGGAAGCUUAAACGAUGUCGAAAUGGACUAUACACUUGAGUUUUACCUUCGUCAACGAUGGUUGGAUCCUUUGUUGAAAUAUGAUGUGUCGACCCUGAAAGGCAACAGCAAUUACAUCGUCUUGGAUAACAACCUUGUAGCUAAAUUAUGGAAGCCAGAUACUUAUGUUGAGAACAUAAAAGACAUAGGAUUUACUUAUGCAUCUGGUCCUUUUGUUAAUCAGGGCUUAAGACUGUUUCCUAAUGGMACCGUUCUUAUCAGUUCAAGAGUAAGUGCUCGUCUGUCGUGCAAAAUGGAUUUUAAAAGUUUCCCUAUGGACAAACAAAAUUGUCCUAUUACYUUAUCAAGCUACUUCUUUACAGAAUCUGACCUUUACUAUUCCUGGGGCGAAGUUUCAGUGUAUGAAACAUCUAAACACAACAAUCAAUUUGACAUCCUCGGAUUUAACAAAACUAGGGAUAGUCUUWCGUAUACUUCAGGAAACUAUAGCUCAUUAAUCGCUGUCUUCAAAUUCCGACGUCGAAUUCAAAACUUCAUGCUGGGGUUCUACAUCCCCUCAAUCCUUACCGUGAUGCUCUCGUGGGUGUCUUUUUUCAUAAGUCCGAACUCUGCGCCCGCGCGUUGUGCUCUUGGAAUUGUCACUGUCUUGGCUGUUGGCAACUUUUUAACUGGUCAAAGGAGUUCCUUCCCAAUGGUUUCRUAUGUAAUGGCCGCUGACCUGUAUAUACUGGUUUGUUAUUUUUUCACGUUCCUGGCAUUGGUGGAGUACGCCGCUGUCCAUUAUUUCUUUGUGUAUGAGCUGCAGCUUAAUCAGAUCCAUCACAAGAAGCAGCAACGCGCUUCAGAUAGAMGAGCUGGCUCUGUUAUAGACGAAGGCGAACUUGAACAAGCAGAAGAACAAGAUGACUCCUCACUUAGCGAGAUCAAACUUCCAGAACCAAAGACAAUAGUCCGGCCGUUCAGUAGCACAGUGUUACCUACACCCGAAACUCCCCAGAAACCCUCCAAGAAAGAAAGUUAUUUUAAGUUCUUUCGACUGGUAAUACUUUCGCCAUGCAUUUUGUAUAAUGUGGUUAAAAAUGACGCGUUAAUAAUCGAUAAAUUUGCACGGAUUGCRUUUCCAUUAAGUUUUGGAGUUUUUAAUCUUUGUUAUUGGCUGUUUUAUAAGACUGAACAUAAUAGUGACGCUUGAUAAUCUUGUAGCUGGUGGGUUACUUGUACUUUUCUGGAUCGAAAUACUCAGUCUGACAUCUGUAGAAUAGCUUGGAUCAUGAGUCGCAUAGUUUAGUAGUUUUCGAUUUCCAGGGAACUGCCAAACGAUGUCAACAAGCGGCUUGCUUCUCAUGACGAUGCUUUGCUUCGAAUAAUAUAACCUGCUUAGGUUUCCAACACCAGAUAUCACAUGUUUUAAAUUCACCGCCAAUUUUACCAAUUAAAAUGGUUUUCAAUCAACAUAACCAUAACAUAUCAUUUUAARUCGGACUUGUGUACUGGUGAAAUUCGACGCUUGAUUCUAACGGGACAGGAUUCAUGAGCUGCAACGCCAUAUAUGUUGCAAAUUUUAAGCAAAGCUGUUGAAAUGUACAUAAUCAAGUUUGCCUGAAACCUUUGAAUUGUUUACAAUUAUGGUUUACGUGGCGUUUCUAUGGUAACAACCCACGUGAUCAUUUGUACAAAACUGAGUCUCUAUUUGCCAUAUUAGUAUUUGGGAUAUUUCAAAUCUCGAGCUCUUUUUUGUAGCGAUUUCUUUUUUUCUAAAUACAGGUUUUGUACAUACUUCAUGUCUUGUACCUUGUCUACCGAAUACCAGGAAAUAAUUAAUUUAUAUCAUAAAAUGCAGGAAAUGUUUUUACUUAUCAAAUUAGUCUUAGUCCUUUUGGUUUCAAUGUUUACUACUAGCUAGAGUAACUAAAUCUGUGCUGAUGAUAAUAAAAGAUAAAAAAAUACUA